GCCGGCGGCCGUCGGUGUUCUGAUUGGGUCGCGAUGCUGUCAGUCAGGCCGAUAGGAACAGAAGGGGCGGGACUCUUAGCUGAGCCGUGGGUGCGCUGCGGCGUCCAGAAAAUAGAUAAACAGAAUAUGCUAGCCUACGAUUGACGCAACUAAGUUAAAAACUCGGCCAGAUACUAGAUAUUGACUCGCCUGACUGGCAGACAGAAGAUGUCGGAGAGGAGCCGCGCGCUUGUCUUGUGAUUUACAUGCGUUCGCCCAGCAGCCCAGCACGAACAGCAAAGCUAGUUAGCAACAUGAUGAUGGCCAGCUGAACAUUGUUGUGGCUUCAGCUCUUGUUAUUGUUGCGCUCACGGUUUUACGGUUUAACCUUUCUUGCUUUCCCGCUUUGAAUCUCUGCCUUUCAUGCAUCCUUUCCACAUGCACUCCAAGAACUGUGGUUAUCUGACCGGAGCGGCUCGGUUUUAGGUUCUUGUGCGCCAACAAGCUAAGCUAACAGCACAGGAAUGGUGUGCAUGGGCCAAACCCCUUUCACGUAUUAGCUCGCAGCUAACCAGUCGCUGGAUCUACAAGUUUGGACCAGAACGCGGAGAGCUUUCUAGAAAGAAACGCGGUGCAGGUCGAACGAGCAGAAUGUUGGUUUGCAGAAACCCACAGCUCGCUUCCUUAGGCAUUUAUCGAGACCUACAUUGACCCUAAACAGCGACAGAAGCCGCAACCUUUCUACACGGGCUGCAAAAUGAGCACAUAGUGAACGGCGGCAUUGAUCUGCUUUGUGCCUUUCAACGAUGUAGCUUCGCAACCCGCGUGCUUUUUUGCGGCAUACGUGUAAGGACAAUAAAGAUGAACAAUCAAGGGAUCAUGUCACAAGAGAAGAUGGAGCUGGAUCUGGACAUCCCGUCGUCGCUUGUUCAGAGCGAUGGGCACCUGAGACGAUCUAACAGCGAACCCAUGAUAAACGGCCUGAGCGACGCUUCUCAGGUGUUCCAGAGAGAAGUUCUCCGCAGCAGAAGAAACAGUACUACUGUUGUCCGACCCAAUGUGGUUCCAUCUUCACCAGUACGUGUUCCUAGCACAAGACUGCAGAGGAUCAAACAGGAGGAGGGUGUUGAUGUGAUGAACCGUGAGACUGCUCAUGAGCGAGAAGUACAGGCAGCCAUGCAGAUGAGCCAGUCUUGGGAGGAGAGUCUCAGUCUGAGUGAUAAUGACCUUGAGAAAUCUUCAUCGUCAUCCCCGAAGCGGAUUGAUUUUGUGCCUGUGUCUCCUGCUCCUUCGCCCACCAGAGGGAUUGGAAAGAAGCAGUGUUUCUCUCCGUCUCUUCAAAUCCUGGUGACCAGUAACGGAUUGACGCCCAGCCCCGUUCCCAGCCCAACACGCCGCUUUAGCAGGAGGAGUCAGAGCCCGAUCAACUGCAUCAGGCCUGGUAUUCUGGGCCCUCUCAAACGCAAAAGUGAAAUGGAGACGGAAAGCCAGCCCAAGAGACUCUUUCAGGGAACCACCAACAUGCUGUCCACAGAGGUGUCCCACUUACCUGAAAUUAACAACUGUCUGUCUCCAGAUCUUCUGGACGGGAGUCUCAGUAGCGUCGGCUCGUCCUCGGACUCUCCUGCCAAGAUGGAAGGAGUGUCCCCCUCCUCCAGUAACUCGCCCCUCACGCCGCUUCAGGACCUCUCCCCAAAGUGAUCCGCUGAACAUCACUGGAGGACUGGGCCGCUUCUCAGGCCCUGGUCCUCUCAUUUUAUUACUUUUGUUCUCAAUGCCUUCCCAAAAUGUCUUUCUCUCUUCUCCCGAGUCGUCCUGUUACGUUACAUUUUAAAGCGAGGUGCGGGAGUUUUCCUUGUGGAACAAGACCCUAAGGGCAUGGAGAGACUGGAUGUUUUUUUUGCAUCAGCUGCUAUAAAUAGAUGUAAAACAUGGUGUAUAGAUCUCUAUCAAAGCGAAGGACAUCACAGAGGAGGAUCGUGGAUAUUUUUUUGUUCCCUAAUGGGGCAAUUAUCUUUUUUUUUCUUUCUUUUUUUUUUGGCCUUUUUUUGAUAACGCUUUGAAAAGAAAACCGAGAACAACUACAGGCACGUUCUUUGAUUUCCAAUCUCAGCUUGCCAAGCGGUAUUUUGUGUGUGUGUGUCAGAAUUUAACUUAUUUUUUUUUUUUUUUUUGCUUUUAUUUGUAUGUAAGUAUGUACAUAACAUUUGUGGCAAAACAUGGUCGACCGGCAAACUGACAGCCGCCUCUUCUGGAGUUUAGCGGUGCAACUGCACUUUAAAGGGGCAGAAUUUCAUUUUGGGCUUUGGUCUGAAUUUUUCGUAUAGUUUUUCAGGAAUGGCCUUUUCUUAGUAGGUGGAGGAAACGUGUUUUUGUUUUUUCUUCUCUCAGAGCUUGGCACUUCAUUCUCUGUUCGGAUGAUAUUAAUGGUUGCUAUGCACAACUACUGCAGAUGGGAUUUAAUAUUGCAGCUGUUGGUAACCAUUAAACCCUCGAUUUGAACACUACAGAGAAACUAAACUGCCUGCGCUGAUGUUUGUCAACCUAAAGACAUGCGUACAGCCGUGUUGUCGGAGAACUGAGCAAAACAUCUGGGCUGAGAUGAAUGAUGUCCAUUGUAUGUUUUUUUUGCUUUUCACACAGUGGCUUUGCCCCGUUUGUUAUUCGGGAAGGAUUUGGAGGAGAGUGUGCUCUACAGGUGCAGUUAAAAUUAUUUUCAGUGUUUUCAAAGGCUGUUAACAGUCAGGCAGAAGUGCAAACAAACGAAAUCCUCUCAUCAAAAAUGUUUUGUGGAGUUUUAAAUUUAAUCUACUGAGACUGAAAUGGUGUGCCAUUAAAUUUGUAUAUAAGAGAAAUGUACAACAGUAAUUGUAGGAGGUCUUUUGUUUGGGGGUGUAGUUACUUUAGAAAAUAGUAUUUUCUUUUGUAAAUGGUUUUCUAAAUUUCCUUACAAGAAAUCGCUUUAUUUCCUCAAGCAUGAUAUGAUGUAUCAUAAAUUCAUUUUUCUGUGCAAGGAAGUGAUUGUAAAAAUCCCUUUUUUUUUUUUUCUCCAUUUAAGUGAAUUGAAAGAGUGAGGGUUUUUCACGUAAAAGUGAGACACCGCAGUGUAAUUUUUUUUUUUUUUUUUUUCCUGAAUGUCUUUGCAAACAAAUACAGUAAGUGGGUCAUGUAGAUCCAGAUUCUGUCCUGUAGUGAUGGGUGAAGUGUAUUUGUAGUUUGCUUUGCUGGUUUUGUUUUUUGUCCUGUGGACGUAUCAAAUUCUUUAUUUAAUGAUUUUACUCUGUCCUAUCGCCUCGUGCAGUACUUUUAAAGCCUGCGCACAUGAACUCUGUCGAGGAGGACCUGAGUGCUGUCAUGAGGACGUGUAGUUGUGCUCUCUGAACAAAUAUUGUUCCCAUCGUAUCAGAGACUUCCUGAUGUCUGAAAUAAAUUAUUUGUCCAGUUA